CCCCAGGCCCCGCCUCCUGCGCGGUCGGGCCGCGUGGGGAAGGGCCGCGGACCGCAGGGGCGAGCGUGCUCCGAAAACAUGGCGGCGGCGGCGGACCUCGCCCAGAUCCCCGACGUGGAUAUCGACUCCGAUGGCGUCUUCAAGUACGUGCUGAUUCGUGUACACGCCGUGUCGCCCCCCGGGACCCCAGCCGGGGAGAGCAAAGAGAUCGUGCGCGGCUACAAGUGGGCCGAGUACCACGCCGACAUCUACGACAAGGUGUCAGGCGAGAUGCAGAAGAAGGGCAUCGACUGCGAGUGCCUGGGGGGCGGGCGCAUCUCCCACCAGAGCCAGGACAAGAAGAUCCACGUGUACGGCUACUCCAUGGGUUAUGGUCGCGCCCAGCACUCCAUCUCCACCGAGAAGAUCAAGGCCAGGUACCCGGACUACAGCGUCACCUGGGCUGACGACGGCUACUGAGGCCCCCCCCCCCCCCGGAGCCCGACUGUCUCCGGCAGCCUCCUCAGGACUCUGCCCUUGAGACCCCCUCCCAAGGGGCUGGGCUGCACCCCCUGGCACUUCGCCACCUGGCCAGGCCUCAGUGCCCGGGGUUACCUCUCCUGGGAGAAGUAAAAGCAUCAUCACCCCCGCUGGUCCCUGGA